CGUUAAGAACAGAAUGAAUAUUUUUUUGAAAAUAAUUUUAUUUUCCCUAUUGGCUGCACACACAAAAGCUUGCAGUCCUGGAGAAACAUGCCCGGAGGAGCGCUCUUGUACUGCAGAUUUCCGUUGUCCGAGAUUCGAUGAUGGGGACUCGGCUGUGUUGAUACCUCAUACGGAUUGUACUAAAUUUUUCAAGUGUUCCAGCGGAAGAGCUUGUGAGUAUCAGUGUCCGGGAGUACUACAUUUCAAUCCAAGGGAGCUAGCGUGCGAUUGGCCGGACAAAGCCUGCUGUGAUUCAAACGUGGUAUGCAAAGCUCAGCGAUGUAUACCUGGAUUGAACUGCGGGCUCAACGAUGGAAAUCGACCUCACAAUCCAAAUGUACCACCUAUAACCAAUGACUUUGAAGAAAGAAUUCAGACAAACACAGGGAACAAUGAGCGAUGUUUACCUGGGAUUAACUGCACGCUUGAUAAUGAAAACCAACUCCCUAAUCAAAACAUUCCACCUCGGUCCAAUGGCUUUGAAGGAAGGGAUCAAAUGAACAUAGGAAACAAUAAUCAAUGCAUACCAGGGUUGACCUGUACACUUCAUGAUGAUAUGCGAAUCCCUAACCAAAACAUUCCUUCUAUAUCCGACGAGUUCGACCAAAGGAACCAAAUAGGAACAUUGGAGAACGUGGCGAUAUCAUGCUUCACAAAUAAUCGCUGUCCUAUAAAUGACGAUCUGAACAAUCCUGUUGUAUUGCAGCACACGAACUGUCAGAGAUUUUACAAAUGUUUCAAUGGACAAGCAUGUGAAUUGUUAUGUCCAGCGGGUCAACAUUUCAAUGCACGAUCAGGAGCUUGUGACCAUCCCAACAUCGCUUGUUGCGAUUCUUCAGUAGCCUGUACUGGCUCUACCUCCAUUUCUACCAACUGUCAGUAUGAUUCACGAUGUUCUCUGUAUGAGGAUUCAAUGAAUCCAACACAUUUACCGCACACGAAUUGCGAUUUGUUCUACAAAUGUGCCCACGGAAAAGCUUGUCAGUUAUCCUGUCCACAGGGACAACAUUUCAGCAGAGCCCAUGGUCGUUGUGAAUUUCCAAAUAUUGCAUGCUGUGAUCCAACCGUACCAUGUCAUUCCGUUUUAUCAUGGGAAACAAUUACCAAUCCACCAUCUUCCGAAACACCACCGACAUCUGGUAAUUCAGCCGGUUGCAAACCAGACGCACGAUGUACUUCCAUAGAUGGGCCAAGGAAGUUAUUGCUUCGACAUGAAAGUUGCUCUAAAUUUUAUCAGUGCUUUAGUGGUUAUGCUUGCGAAUUUGUUUGUCCCCUAGGACUUCAAUUUGAUGAAAGACAACAACUUUGUCAAUGGUCACAAAAUUCGUCUUGCAGUAUGGCGGCCUAAUUUCGCAUGAAGUAAAAUUUUUCUGUUGCUAAAAAUAUUUAAACAUACUCGUGAAUAUAUUUUUAAUAAUUAUGUUCUCAAAUAAACACAUGCAGUAAUAUUAUG